AUGGCUGCCCUCGCCACCAAGACCGAGUCGCAGAACAUCUUUACCAAAUUGAAGUCGAAGCCCGCGAACAAGAUAUGCUUCGACUGCGGCGCGAAGAACCCAACAUGGAGUUCCGUACCAUUUGGCAUCUACCUGUGCCUCGACUGCUCGUCCAACCAUCGUAACAUGGGUGUCCACAUCUCCUUCGUACGAUCCACCAACCUCGACAUCUGGCAAUGGGAUCAAUUACGAAUCAUGAAAGUGGGCGGUAACGAAAGCGCUACCAAGUACUUCCAAUCGCACGGAGGCUCUGCUGCGCUCGCGAGUAAAGACCACAAGGCCAAAUACACCAGCAAUGCCGCCACCAAGUACAAGGAGGAGCUCACCAGGCGCUGCGCCGCGGACGCCAGGAUGUACCCCAACGAGGUCGUUAUCACAGAUGUGCCUGAAGUUGGCACCGACGGCACCAACACGCCAGCCAAUGACGAAGACGACUUCUUCUCCUCAUGGGAUAAGCCCGCCAUCAAGCGCCCGUCGAACCCACCCUCGCGUACUGGUACACCCAAGAUUGGAGGAUCACCCUUCCUGAAGCCUGGCGCCAACGGCAAUGGAACAGAUCGUCCCAAAUCGCCACUCGUUGGCGGUGAAUCGAGCACACCCGCUGCAAAGCCCGCUGCCGUACGAAAGACGACCGCUGGCGCUGCGCCGAAGAAGAACAUUCUGGGAGCCAAGAAGAAGGGUCUCGGAGCAAAGAAGGUGGUUGCCGCAGAUGGAGGCCUAGACUUUGAGGAAGCAGAGCGAAAGGCCCGUGAAGAGGCUGAGCGCAUCGAGAAGUUGGGCUACGACCCCGAAGCCGAAGCCGCUGAGGCCGCAGCGGCCACCAAGUCGAAAGCCCCCGAAGCAUCCGCCAUCGUCUCCCCGACCCCCGUAUCACCGCCACGAGGUGGUUUCGGCUCCACCUCCAAGACCGAGCGCUCCAGCCAAGAUAUGGAAAGGUUAGGCAUGGGCGUACAACGUCUGGGCUUUGGACAGGUAGGUGCAGCGAAGAAGGCUGCACCGCAGAAGAAGAUGGGUGGCUUCGGCAGUGUAGGCAAGCCUGCGCAGGAUGACGGCGAGAAGUACGCGCGAGACAAGUUUGGUACACAAAAGGGCAUCUCCAGUGACGAGUUCUUUGGACGCAACGCAUUCGAUCCUACUGCCACCGCGCAGGCCAAGGAGAGGUUGUCAGGCUUCGAAGGCGCGAGCGCUAUUUCCUCCAACGCAUACUUUGGCCGACCCGAAGACGAAGUCGGCGACGAAGACUACGGCGACCUCGAAACCGCCGCCAAGGACUUUGUCCGCAAGUUCGGUCUUACCGCUGGCGACGAUCUCGAGAAUCUGACGAACAUGCUCGGCGAGGGUGCGACGAAACUGCAAGGCGCUGUUCGGAACUACCUCAACUCGUAG